UUCUCUUCCAAAGAAAUUUAAAACGCGGUUUCGAAGAAGCAGGAGCAAUUGCUGAUAGAGAGAGCAGCAGAGACAUUUGUGCUAAGAUCCCGCUUUGCUGUUCUAAAAACAAAACCCUAAUAAUCGAUCGAUCCCAAAAAAUUUAGGGUAGAAUCGUUGUAAUAGUAAUUUGGUCCAUCUGAUACAUUUUAAAUUUGAUGGUACCAUCUCUGCAUCUUAGGGCACCAAUAUUGCUGUUUCAGAGGAGAAAAUCCCCAUUUUUCAGAAGAGAAAAUCUCCAUUUUUUAAGAGCAUAAACCUUAAUAGUUCUGGACACAAUCCGGAUUUCAGACAGGCAAGAGAAACAGGAAAAAGGAAUCUGGUAUUUCUGGGGGAGAAAAUCUGGGUUUUGCGGGGUGACAAUUCGGGCAUUUACGGCUUGGUAAUGGUGUUUUAGGAAUAAAAUUUAGGGUUUUCAGGGGGAUCUGGAACCUAUGACAAUCAUAUGUUCCAGUCUUCACGUAAAACAAUGAAAUGGGUGUCGCUUCUUAAGGACAUCAAGGAGAAAGUCGGUUUCUCUCAGUCUUCGUCUUCGUCUCCCACUUCAUCAGAGGCUGCACGCUCACCCAAAAAUGCAGCCUUCUCAUCUUCCCCAUCAACCAGAGAAAAGCAUGAAUUGGAGUUGGACUUCAAGAGAUUUUGGGAAGAAUUCCGCUCGUCCUGCUCAGAAAAGGCGAAAGAAGAGGCCUUGAACAUGGCUUUAGAUGUAUUUUGCCGAUUGGUGAAGCAGCAGACAAGUGUCACUCAUUUAAUUGCUACGUUAGCCGAAGCCCACGUGUUCUCCUUUGUCAUAGGGAGGGCAUUUGUAGUUGAAGUUGAGAAGUUGAAGGGCUCAAGUAGAUCUUUGAAUGUUUUUGAAGUCCUGAAUUACCUUACAGAAGUUGCGAAGGAGGGCAGCAGUUCUGGUUCUAAUUUGCUAUAUGCUGUGGAAGUCCUUGUUACUGGGCCACUUGAUAAGCAACCUCUGCUAGAUUCUGGGAUCUUGUGCUGUCUGAUACAUAUUCUCAAUGGCCUUCUCAAUCCUGAAAAUGAAAAUCAAAGAGUGGGUAUGGUUGACUCAAAAAGAUCAGGUUCGCCACAAAAAGCUCAUGAUGGAAAUAGCGUACAAGUUGGCCAGCUUGAGGUGGAGGGGAGUAUAGUGCACAUCAUGAAAGCAUUGUCUAGCCAUCCUUCUGCUGCACAGAGCUUGAUUGGAGAUGAUUCCCUUGAGGUUCUGUUUCAAAUGAUUGCAAAUGGGGCUCUAACUGUUUUUUCACAGUUUACGUUGGGCGUCAUUCCAUUGCACACCAUUCAGCUUCAUCGUCAUGCCAUGCAGAUACUUGGGCUUCUUCUGGUGAAUGACAAUGGAAGCGCUGCAAAAUAUAUUCACGACCAUCACCUGAUAAAGGUUCUCUUAAUGGCUGUGAAGGAUUUCAAACCUGAGAGUGGGGACUCUGCAUACACUAUGGGAAUAGUGGACUUGCUUUUAGAAUGUGUUGAAUUGUCACAUAGACCAGAGGCAGGAGCCAUCAGGCUUAGGGAAGAUAUACAUAAUGCCCAUGGCUAUCAGUUUCUUGUUCGAUUUGCAUUGGUACUAUCAGAUAUGCAGAAAAACCAGGCUGCUCAGGCUCUGUAUUCCACAGCUAUAUUGGAGGAAAAUGGUGUUUCAGAUGUCUCUUACAACACAACACGGCAAGAUUUUACGAGAAACAAAGACAUCUCACCUCAGCGUCUCUCUCCUUCCUUAUCAAGGUUGCUUGACGUGCUUGUAAACCUCGCACAAACUGGUCCUGUGGAGACUGUUGGAGGGAAGGGUCAAAGAUCAGCUAUUAACAGGGGAUCUACCCAUCGUAGCCGUCCAUCUUUUGAAAGGGUAGUUGAUGAAAUAAGGGAAAAGGGGAAUAACAAAGUUAAAGAUCUAGAAGCUGUUCAAAUGUUACAAGAUAUAUUUCUUAAAGCAGAUAACAUAGAUUUGCAGGCAGAGGUGCUUGAUCGAAUGCUCAAGAUAUUCUCUAGUCAUCUUGAGAACUACAAGUUGUGUCAGGAGUUGAGAACAGUGCCCCUCUUCAUCCUGAACAUGGCAGGGUUUCCCUCAUCUUUGCAGGAAAAGAUCUUAAAGAUUCUUGAAUAUGCUGUGACUGUUGUGAAUUGUGUUCCUGAACAAGAGCUGCUUUCUCUUUGCUGCUUAUUGCAGCAGCCCAUAACAAGUGGGCUGAAACAUUCCAUUCUUUCCUUCUUUGUGAAACUCUUGUCUUUUGAUCAGCAAUAUAAAAAAGUUUUGCGGGAAGUUGGGGUCUUGGAGGUUCUUUUAGAUGAUAUCAAGCAGCACAAGUAUAUAUCUGGAUCAGAGCAAAGUAACAACAGUCCUAAUCUUUUAGAGAGAAUGUCUAACUCAAGCAGUUUCAAGAUGCACAAGGACAAUAAGGAUACCAUUUUGUCCUUACCUAGGAUAGUUGGUCCUGGUUCAGGAAAAUUUACGGUAUUUGAAGAUGAACGUACAAUUGCUAUUGGAUGGGAUUGUCUGGUCUCAUUACUGAAGAAAGCCGAAGUAAACCAGUCAUCAUUUCGGUCUUCUAAUGGUGUUACACUUGUGCUCCCAUUAUUGGCAUUAGAUGUUCAUCGGUUUGGGGUCCUUCGAAUGUUGUCAUGUUUGAUUUCAGAGGAUGUUACACAGGCUCAUUCUGAAGAACUUGGGGUGCUGGUUGAAGUUCUAAAGAGCGGCAUGGUUACGAGUGUUUCAGGAUCGCAGUACAAACUUCAAAAUGAUGCAAAGUGCGACGCUUUGGGAGCUCUAUGGCGUAUCCUUGGAGUAAAUAGUUCGGCACAAAGGGUUUUUGGAGAAGCCACUGGAUUUUCCCUUCUACUCACAAUCCUCCACAGUUUCCAAAGUGAGGAAGGGCAUGAUGAUGGCCAUUCUUCUCUAGUGGUACACAUGAAAGUUUUUGGUGUUUUAUUACGUGUGAUUACAGCAGGGGUGUUCAACAAUGUUAUUAAUAGAUCAAGGCUGCACGCAAUUAUAUCUUCCCAAGCUUUUUAUGAUCUUUUGUGUGAAUCGGGUCUGUUUUGUGUGGAUUAUGAAACACAAGUUAUCCAAUUAUUGAUGGAGCUUGCUCUUGAAAUAGUAGUUCCACCUUCCUGUAUUAAUGUUCCACAAACAGAGAAUGCCCUAUCUUCCGAAAUAGUUGAAAGUGGAUCUGUGAGUUCUCUUUUCAGUGCUUCAUCAGAAGCUUUAAAGCCCGAAAAAGAGCGCAUCUAUAAUGCUGGUGCUAUUGCUGUGGUCAUUCGUUCUCUGUUACUCUUUACUCCAAAGGUGCAGUUAGAAGUACUGAGUUUUAUUGAGAAGCUUUCUCUUGCUGGUCCCUUCAAUCAAGAAAGCUUGACAUCUAUUGGUUGUGUGGGGCUUAUUCUGGAGACUAUUCACCCAUUUUUCAUGGGUUCAUCACCAUUACUUUCACAUGCUUUACGAAUUGUGGAAGCACUUGGGGCAUAUAGGUUAUCUUCAUCAGAGCUCAGAGUGCUGGUUAGUUACAUUUUGCAAGCAAAGGUGAUAAGUUCACGUCAUAAUCUUAUUGAAAUGAUGGAGAGACUGAUCCACAAGGAAGAAGCGGCUUCUGAGAAUCUUGCACUUGUUCCUUUCGUAGCGAUGGAUAUGAGCAAAGUUGGGCAUGCGUCUGUUCAAGUGUCCCUUGGAGAAAGAACAUGGCCACCUGCUGCAGGUUAUUCAUUUGUUUUUUGGUUUCAGUUUCAAAACUUUAUGAAGAGCCCUGGACAGGAACAGGAGCAAUCAAAGAAUGGUUCAUUUAGAAAGAGGAAUUCUUCUACUGGGCAUCAUGGGGGACGUCAUGUUCUUCGCAUAUUUUCAGUUGGUGCUGUUGAAGACACUAGCAUGUUCUAUGCUGAACUUUACCUGCAAGACAAUGGUGUUUUGACUCUUGCUACAAGCAACUCUUCCUAUCUUUCAUUUUCUGACGUGGAACUGGAAGAAGAAAGGUGGCAUCAUCUUGCCAUAGUUCAUAGCAAACCUAAUGCCUUAGCUGGACUUUUUCAGGCAAGCAUAGCAUACCUUUACAUAAAUGGGAAGUUGAGACAUACUGGAAAGUUGGGAUAUUCUCCAUCUCCACCCGGAAAAGCAUUGCAGGUGACAAUUGGGACACCUCCAUCGUGUGCGAAAGUUAGCGAAUUAUCAUGGAAGCUACGUUGUUGCCAUCUAUUCGAGGAGGUUCUCUCAGCAGGUAGUAUAUGCUUCAUGUACAUUCUGGGUAGAGGUUACAGGGGCCUUUUUCAAGAUACUGAUCUAUUGCGGUUUGUACCAAAUGAGGCAUGUGGUGGAGGAAGUAUGGCCAUCUUAGAUUCAUUGGAUGCAGAGUUGCCUUUGGCCUCUAAUAUUCAAAGGCUUGAUAGUGCUAGUAAACAGGGUAGCCUCAAAACAGAUGGUAGUGGCAUUGUUUGGGACUUGGAAAGGCUGGGAAGCCUCUCACUACAGCUUUCCGGACGAAAGCUUAUAUUUGCAUUUGACGGAACACCUUCGGAGGCUUCUCUAGUGUCGGGAAACCUAUCAAUGCUCAAUCUAGUGGAUCCAAUGUCUGCUGCGGCCUCCCCUAUUGGUGGAAUACCACGCUUUGGACGUCUCCAUGGAGAUAUUUAUUUAUGCAGUCCAUGUGCGAUUCGUGACAGCAUUCAUCCAGUUGGUGGGAUUCCCGUUGCUUUGGCUUUAGUUGAAGCAGCAGACAGCAAGGAUAUGCUACAUAUGGCACUUUCUUUACUUGCUCGUGCCCUGUUCCAGUGUCCACGAAAUGUGCAUGAAAUGCAAGCCUACAGAGGAUACCAUCUACUUGCUCUUUUCCUGCACCGUAGAAUGGCAUUGUUUGACAUGCAAUCACUUGAUAUCUUUUUCCAGAUUGCAGCACGUGAAGCUUCAUUUUCUGAACCCAAAAAACCUCAAGGGACUUCCAAAACAAAUUCCGCUGGUGGAGUUGUUGCCGAUUCUGAUUACGAAGAUGUGGGGUUACCGAAGUUCUCCGACGAGUUCAUGUCCAUUGGGUCUCAUGGUGAUUUGAAUGAUUUUGUUCCACAAAAAGAUUCAUUGAGCCAUAUUUCGGAUCUUGAAACUGCUGAGCUUCAAUCAGAGACAUCAAAUUGUAUUGUUUUGGCUAAUGCAGACAUGGUAGAGCAUGUUCUCUUGGACUGGACCUUAUGGGUUACUGCCCCUGUUUCAAUUCAGCUUGCUCUACUAGGAUUUCUUGAACGGCUAGUGUCAAUGCAUUGGUAUAGAAAUCAUAACCUCACAGUCUUGAGGAGAAUUAAUCUUGUGCAACAUUUGCUAGUCACUUUGCAGAGGGGUGAUGUUGAAGUCCCGGUUUUAGAGAAAUUAGUGGUGUUGCUUGGGGUAAUUCUUGAAGAUGGUUUUCUAGCCUCCGAGCUUGAGCAUGUAGUCAUAUUUGUGAUUAUGACCUUUGACCCACCUGAGAUGACACCCCGCCAUCAAAUCCCCAGAGAAUCAAUGGGAAAGCAUGUGAUUGUGCGAAAUAUGUUACUUGAAAUGCUUAUCGAUCUUCAGGUGACAAUUAGUGCUGAUGAAUUGCUCGAACAGUGGCACAAAAUAGUAUCUUCUAAGCUGAUCACCUACUUUUUGGAUGAGGCUGUCCACCCAACAAGUAUGAGAUGGAUUAUGACCCUUCUUGGGGUUUGUCUUGCCUCUUCUCCUACAUUUGCACUCAAGUUUCGAGGCAGUGGUGGUUAUCAGUGUUUAAUGCGUGUGCUUCCAAGCUUUUAUGAUUCUCCGGAGAUAUACUACAUCCUUUUCUGUUUAAUAUUUGGCAAGGAAGUGUAUCCUAGAUUACCUGAAGUUCGCAUGGUGGAUUUCCAUGCCCUUAUUCCUAGUGAUGGAGGUUAUGGGGAAUUGAAAUUUGUGGACCUUUUAGAUUCUGUUAUUGCCAUGGCAAAAGCUACAUUUGAUAGGUUAAGCAUGCAAUCGAUGCUCGCUCACCAAACUGGCAAUCUUUCACAGGUGAAUGUUAGCUUAGCAGCUGAGCUGGUUGAAGGAGUUAGUGACAUUGAAGGAGAGCUUCAAGGUGAAGCUUUAAUGCACAAGACAUAUGCAGCACGUCUCAUGGGUGGUGAGGCUUCUGCUCCAGUUGCUGCAACUUCUAUUUUGCGCUUCAUGGUUGAUCUUGCAAAGAUGUGCCCCCCCUUCUCAGCUGUUUGCCGGAGGGCAGAAUUUCUCGAAAGUUGUGUUGACCUGUACUUUUCUUGUGCAAGAGCUGCUUGUGCUGUAAAGAUGGCAAAAAAUAUGUCAGUAAGAAGCUCUGAUGAAAGAAACUUGAAUGAUACUGAUGAUGCUCGUAGUUCUCAACAUACAUUCUCCAGCCUGCCCCAUGAACAUGAACAGUCUGCCAAAACAUCUAUAAGCAUGGGAAGCUUUCCACAAGCUCAGAAAAGUACUAGUUCAGAAGAUUUGAUUGGGAUACAAAACUAUGUAUCAGAAGAUAGGAAAGCUGAAGCCAAGGAUAUGUCUCAUUUGGAAAUAAGCAAGCAGUUCGUGGCAGAUGAUGCACCCACAAGUCAUAAUUAUGAUGGUGAAAGCCUAGAGCUAAUGUCUCCGGCUACUUCUGGUACCCAUGAAUUUAGUUUUCCUACUAACGAUAAGCCAGUUGAACCCAUGCUUGCGAUGGAUUCAUUCAGUUCAGCAUCUAUACAAGUCCCCAAUUCUCCGGAUUUCUCUGAAAACUCAAACUAUAGGACUGGGCUCUCUCCUUCUUCAUCACCAGUAAUUGCAUUGACUUCUUGGCUUGGUAGCUCUGGAAACCAUGAAGGGAAAUCACAUCUGGCUGCCACUCCAUCAAUGGGGUCAUCAGUUUCAGCGAGUGAAAUGGAUCUAUCGCAAGAUCCCAAAUCUAGUUUUCAAGGCUCUUCCCCUGCAAGCACAUUUUUUGCCAUUAGUCUCUCAUUCUUGCUAGAAAUGGAAGAUGCUGGUUCCGGAGGAGGCCCAUGCUCCUCGGGAGCUGGUGCUGUCUUAGAUUUCAUUGCUGAAGUUCUUGCUGAUGUUGUGGUUGAGCAAAUGAAAUCUGCUCCAAUUAUUGAGAGCAUUUUGGAGAAUGUUCCUUUAUAUGUUGAUUAUGAUUCCAUGCUGGUUUUUCAAGGCAUGUGCCUUAGCAGAUUGAUGAACUAUUUAGAACGUCGCCUUUUGCGUGAUGAUGAGGAAGCUGACAAGAAACUUGAUAAGACUCGAUGGUCUGUAAACUUGGAUGCUUUGAGCUGGAUUAUUGUAGAUCGUGUGUACAUGGGGGCUUUUCCACUGCCAGGUGGGGUGUUAAGAACUUUGGAAUUCUUGUUAUCCAUGUUACAGUUUGCAAAUAAAGAUGGUCGAAUAGAAGAGGCAGCCCCUUCUGGGAGAGGCCUACUAUCCAUGGCAAAGGGCAGACAACUUGAGGUGUAUAUACAUGCACUAUUGAAAAACACCAACCGCAUGGUUAUGUACUGCUUCUUGCCAUCGUUCCUGACCUCAAUUGGGGAGGACCAAUUGGUCUCCAGUUUGAAUUUACAUCUCGAUUCAAGGAAACACACAUCCAUGGGUAUUUCGCAAGAUGCUUCUGGUGUUGACAUCUGUACAUUUCUGCAAUUACUGAUAGCUCACAAGAGGCUGAUACUGUGUCCAAGCAAUCUUGAUACCGAUUUGAAUUGCUGUCUUUGCAUCAAUUUGAUAUCUCUUCUUCAAGAUAGCAGGCGAUCUGCACAAAAUAUGGCUGCAGAUAUUAUGAAAUAUCUUUUAAUUCAUCGGCGGGCAGCCCUAGAGGAGUUGCUUGUUUCCAAACCAAAUCAAGGUCAUUCUCUAGAUGUUCUUCAUGGAGGUUUCGAUAAGCUGCUUUCAAGCCACUGGUCUGUUUUUUGUGAAUGGUUCCAGGCUUCUGAUGUAACUGUGAGCAAAGUGUUGGAGCAGUGUGCUUCUCUUAUGUGGGUUCAAUACAUAGCCAGCACAGCGAAGUUUCCUUGGGUGAGAAUAAAAGGCAUGGAAGGUCGUCGAAAGAGAGAAAUGAUGAGAAGAUCACGUGAUGCCUCAAAGUUAGACCUAAAGCACUGGGAGCAGAUGAGUGAGCGUAGAUAUGCCUUAGAGUUGAUUCGUGAUGCUAUGUCAACCGAGCUAAGAGUCAUUCGGCAAGAUAAAUAUGGUUGGAUUCUCCAUGCUGAAAGCGAGUGGCAAUGCCAUCUUCAGCAGCUUGUGCACGAACGAGGAAUAUAUCCAGUAAGGAAUCUCUCAUCCAUGCAAGAACCUGAUGGGCAACUUUGUCCUAUUGAGGGUCCAUAUCGUAUGCGUAAAAAACUUGAGAAAUGCAAGUUAAAAAUCGAUACGAUACAAAAUGUGCUUACCCAAUGUCAAGAUUUUGGUAAGGAAGGGAUUGGGAAGGAAAGCACGGUGAUUGGUGUGGAUGCUUCUGAAACUGAUUCUGAUUCAUUCUUUCAUCUUUUAUCUGGUGGUGCUAAACCAAAGUGCCUGGAUGGAGGCGACUAUGAGGAAGCUUUAUUUAAAGAAGCUGAUGAUUUUAGAGACGGGGAUUCAACAUCUGCUCGAAUUGGGUGGAACGAUGAUCAGGUUAGCAGUGUAAAUGAGGCUAGCCUUCACUCUGCUAUUGAAUUUGGUGUCAAGUCAAGUGCAUUCUCUGUUCAAAUAACUGAAAGCAUAAAUGCAAAAUCUGAUCUAGGUUCUCCUAGGCAAUCUUCAUCCAUGAGAGUUGAUGACAUGAGAUCAGAUAGCAAGUCAGAAAAGGAACUUCAUGAUAAUGGAGAAUAUCUGAUUAGACCCUAUCUUGAACCUCUGGAGAAGAUAAGGUUUCGAUACAACUGUGAGCGAGUCGGAGGACUUGAUAAACAUGAUGGGAUUUUUCUUAUUGGAGAUCUCUGCUUAUAUGUGAUUGAGAACUUUUACAUUGAUGAGUCUGGGUGCAUAAAUGAGAAGGAAUGCGAAGAUGAACUCUCUGUCAUUGAUCAAGCUUUGGGUGUCAAAAAGGAUGUUACUGGGAGCUCCGAAAUCCAAUCGAAGUCACCUUCACCAUGGGGAACAACAGUUAAAGUAUGGGCUGGGGGUAGAGCAUGGGCAUAUAGUGGUGGUGCUUGGGGGAAAGAGAAAGUAUGUAGCAGUGGGAACCUUCCACAUCCAUGGCGAAUGUGGAAGCUUGACAGUGUUCAUGAGAUUUUAAAGCGUGAUUACCAACUCCGUCCAGUCGCUAUUGAGAUAUUUAGCAUGGAUGGUUGGAACGAUCUUCUGGUUUUCCACAAGAAGGAGAGGGAGGAGGUAUUCCGUAAUCUCAUUGCAAUGAAUCUUCCCCGUAAUAGCAUGUUAGACACUACUAUUUCAGGGUCGUCCAAACAAGAGAGCAACGAGGGAGGUCGCCUUUUCAAGAUCAUGGCCAAAUCAUUCUCAAAAAGGUGGCAAAAUGGAGAAAUAAGCAACUUCCAGUACCUCAUGCACCUCAAUACUCUUGCAGGACGAGGGUAUAAUGAUUUAACGCAGUACCCAGUUUUCCCUUGGGUUCUUGCGGAUUAUGAGAGUGAAAACCUCGAUCUCUCAAAUCCCGAUACAUUCCGUAAGCUUGACAAGCCAAUGGGAUGCCAAACACCAGAGGGAGAGGAAGAAUUCAAGAAAAGGUAUGAAAGCUGGGAUGAUCCAGAUGUUCCAAAGUUCCACUAUGGUUCACAUUAUUCUAGUGCAGGAAUUGUGCUGUUCUAUCUUCUGAGGUUGCCUCCUUUCAGCAUGGAAAAUCAGAAGCUACAAGGUGGCCAAUUUGAUCAUGCUGAUCGUCUCUUUAAUAGCAUAAGGGACACAUGGCUUAGUGCAGCUGGAAAGGGUAACACAUCUGAUGUGAAGGAGCUGAUCCCAGAGUUCUUCUACAUGCCAGAGCUGCUUGCAAAUAGAUUCAAUCUUGACUUGGGUGAAAAACAAUCUGGAGAGAAGGUUGGGGAUGUUGUGCUGCCAACUUGGGCAAAUGGCAGUGCAAGGGAGUUCAUUAGAAAGCACAGGGAAGCACUGGAGUCAGAUUAUGUCUCGGAAAACUUGCAUCAUUGGAUUGACCUUAUUUUUGGAUAUAAGCAGAGGGGAAAGGCGGCGGAAGAAGCUGUUAAUGUCUUUUAUCACUACACCUAUGAGGGGAGUGUAGACAUUGAUGCAGUCUCAGACCCUGCUAUGAAGGCUUCCAUUCUUGCCCAAAUCAACCACUUUGGUCAAACUCCACGCCAGCUCUUCCAAAAACCUCACCCCAAACGCCGCUCUGACCGAAAGCCUCCAACCAACUCCCUUCGUCAUUGUAACCAUCUCACUCCCAACGAAAUCAGAAAAACCCAAAACUCAAUAACCCAAAUCCUCACUUUCCAUGACAGAAUACUUGUGGCCCCGAUUAACUGUGCCCUAAAACCCCAAACCUACUCAAAAUAUGUAGCUUGGGGCUUCCCUGAUCGAACCCUGAGGUUCAUGAGCUAUGACCAAGACAAGCUCUUGUCAACCCAUGAGAGUCUACAUGGGCCUAACCAAGUUCAGUGUGCACAGGUUAGCAAAGAUGGGCAAACCCUUGUGACUGGAGGGGAUGAUGGGGUGGUCUCGGUUUGGCGUAUAAGCAAGGAUGGUGUUCGUGGGCAAAGACGGUUGCACCUACAAAAGGCCCUAUGUGCCCACACUGCUGAGAUAACAUGUAUGUAUGUUUGCCAACCGUAUAGUUUGAUUGUGACUGGGUCUGACGACUGUAGUGUGAUUUUGUGGGAUAUGAGUAGGCUCUUAUUUGUGAAGCAAUUGCCCGAGUUUCCAGCCUCUGUUUCAGCUGUCUAUGUUAACGAUUUGACUGGAGAGAUAGUCACAGCUGCUGGGAUUUUGCUUGCGGUUUGGAGUGUGAAUGGAGAUUGUUUGGCAUUGGUUAAUACAUCACAAUUGCCUUCGGAUUCGAUAACUUGUGUUACAAGCACAAGUUUUUCGGAUUGGUUUGAGACCAAUUGGUAUGUCACAGGGCACAAGAGUGGAGCAUUGAAGGUGUGGUGUAUGGUGCAUGGUUCAGAGGAGGCAGGAGAGGGGAGGAGUAUUGGUGGGUUGGGUUUGGGGGUGAAGGAAACGGAGUAUCGGCUGGUUUUGUACAAGGUACUUAAGGCUCAUAGACAAACUGUCACAGCUCUCCAUCUCACUAGUGAUAUGAAGCAGCUUUUGAGUGGGGACUCUGGGGGCCACUUGAUUUCGUGGACAUUGCCUGAUGAUGGCAUGAAAGGUGGCUCAUUCAAGCAGGGGGCAGUUUCAUGAGAGAAAGAGAAUCAAUAGACAAUGAGAGAGAAUGACCGGUCCUAUUAUUUUGAUAUUAUGCCUGAUGGAUUUUCCUUGAUGGGUUCAGUCAUGGUCCUUUGUAAGGAGUUGGCCUGCAAAGUGGAAAAGGGACAUGCAUGGGCUGGCCCAUGAUAUAUGAGAGAGAAACCCCUGUUAAGCAUAUGGAUCCCAGAAAAGAAUAACCCAUUAAGCGCAUAUUUUUUUCAAAUAUGUCUCCAGUUGAGCGGGAAUGCGUUUCGCCAACGGUUUGUUGGAACAUCAACUGAUUUUGGCCUCUGUUAUAUGGGUGGUGGGAUCAUGGAGUGAGGGAGUAUAAAAGGGGAUUUUAAUGUAGCAAAAGGAAAUGGCUUUUGUGUAGAUAGAGAUGGGCAUUUACUUAUGUCCAGUGUAUAAAAUAGUGAGGGUGUGAGAGCACUAUUGUGGUGCCAGUGUUCGAAGGAGGAUAAUCAGUGGAUUGUGGUGUGUGCGAGUAUGCGUUUGCCUUGGGUUAUUCUUUUGUAUGGGUGUAAUUGAGCACCCCCGCCCCUUUUUUUUGCAGAUUAAUGUGUUAUGGUUUCGGGUAACUUACAUCUCUCUCUCUAUACACAGCCGCAUAUGUGGGAAUUCUGGCUUUGGUGAAACUUAAUAUGGUUAUGGCCUUUCCAUAUUCUAGGGACUAAGGAAAAUCAAGCAGUCAUCCUUUAAA